AAAGUUAAGAUUUUUCAAGGAAUUUGGACUAAAACUAAUGUUAAAUCUCAAAAGGAUCAUUUAUAUGUGUUUGGUGAUAACGACCUAAAGAUGGGUUGUAAGGGUCAAGCCAUUAUAAGAUAUUUACCAAACACAAUAGGAAUUCCCACCAAAAAAAAACCCUCAAAACAUGCAAACUCAUAUUAUACCGAUUCAGAGUUUGAAUUAAAUAAAACAAAGAUAGAUAAUGCAAUAAAAGAACUAUUUGAAAAAUCAAAAAAUUACAAAUAUAUAGUGUUUCCCUCGAAUGGGUUUGGUUCUGGUUUGGCCGAGUUGGAUAAAAGAGCUCCCAAUACUUUUAAAUACUUAACAAAUUUAAUAAACAAUAUU